ACCUCUGCGACCCCGGCUCCAAAUCGCAACCCACGCCUUCGGGAAAAGUACGCCGCGAGGUUGUCUUGUGAGCAUUAUUCUCGCUUUGCCAUUUUUCUCUUUUGUUUUUUCCGUCAGCUCAUUCUUAUGCACGACCAAGGACGACUCCUCUGGAGGAGGGUCGAGACCGAGGAGGAGCCGGAUCGAGCGUUAACCCGGAAGAAGUGAACCAGGGAGUAAAGGUGAUCCCGUGUCUGUCGGGCCGAAAUGUAGCGAGUUACAGAAGGUUCCGACCUCAUGUAUUUUUUUUUUCCAUGUUGUCUCCUUGUGGGAUCACCGCAUACUGUAUACUGUGUCACUCGGUAUGGCUUACACGUGCUGCUGUCGCUCAGGCUUAGUGUCAAUUCUGACAUCCCGAUGCUGAGAAUUGUUCCUAGAGUAUCAGAGAAGCCCUGUUGCUGUGGUGGGUCAUGGAGAAGACUUGCCGUUCUCGAAUAUAGAUAACCCUAGUGCGGAGAUGAAUCGUCACCUGUGUGUUUGGCUUUUUAGACAUCCAUCUCUAAAUGGUCACCGCCACUGCCACAUCCAUCCCCAUUCUUAUCAGUUUACACAGAUACAUCUUGAUACAAGACUGGUGGUUUUUAGACAAAAUAGGAAUAACAUUCUUCCUCAUCUAUUAAAUAAGAAUUGGUUUAGGAGGUAUUGUCAUCAAGACACCUGGAUGCUCUGGAAGCAUAAAGCACUACGGAAAUAUAUGGAGGACCUGAAUAAGGAGUACCGGACCCUUGAUCAGUGUUUGCAGCGUGUGUCUGCGAAUGAAGGAGACCGAAGAUCUUUGAAUCGAAGGCAUGCUGAGUUGGCACCACUUGCAGCCAUUUACCAAGAAAUUCAGGAGGCUGAACAAGCAAUUGAAGAAUUAGAAUCAAUGUGUAAAAGUCUAAAUAAACAAGAUGAAAAGCAGUUACAAGAACUUGCAUUGGAAGAGAGGCAAACCGUUGCUCAAAAACUCAACGUGUUAUACAGAGAGCUUUUCCAGAGUCUUGUGCCAAAGGAAAAAUAUGACAAAAAUGAUGUUAUUUUAGAGGUGACAUCUGGAAGAACUACUGGAGGUGAUAUCUGCCAACAAUUUACCCGGGAAAUAUUUGACAUGUACCAGAAUUAUUCAAGCUAUAAACGCUGGAAAUUUGAACUUCUGAAUUACACACCAGCUGAUUACGGUGGGCUACAUCAUGCGGCUGCCCGAAUUUCCGGGGACAGUGUCUAUAAGCAUUUGAAGUAUGAAGGUGGGAUUCACCGAGUUCAGCGGAUCCCUGAGGUGGGCCUGUCGUCAAGGAUGCAGCGCAUUCACACAGGAACAAUGUCAGUUAUUGUCCUUCCUCAACCAGAUGAGGUAGAUGUGAAAGUGGACCCCAAGGAUUUGCGAAUAGAUACAUUUCGAGCCAAAGGAGCAGGAGGGCAGCAUGUUAAUACAACUGAUAGUGCUGUCAGACUUGUGCAUGUCCCCACAGGGCUUGUAGUAGAAUGCCAACAAGAACGAUCACAGAUAAAAAAUAAAGAAAUAGCUUUGCGUGUGUUGAGAGCUAGACUCUACCAGCAGAUUAUUGAGAAAGACAAGCGUCAACAACAAAGUGCUAGAAAACUGCAGGUAGGAACAAGAGCCCAGUCAGAGAGAAUUCGGACGUAUAAUUUCACCCAGGAUAGAGUCACUGACCACAGGAUAGCAUAUGAAGUUCGCGAUAUUAAGGAAUUUUUACACGGGGAGAAGUGCCUGGAUCACCUAAUUCAGAGACUACUUCAGUCGGCAGAUGAAGAAGCCAUUACUGAAUUUUUGGAUGAAAACCUUAAAUCAGCAAAAUAAAUGAUUUAUCAUUUA